AUGGGAGUGUCUAUAUUGCCUGCUUACGACUACAAGUGCAACAGUUGCAGUCAUCGCUUCGAGGAGCGCCAGAGCUUCUACGCCGAUCCAGUGGCGACAUGCCCGGAAUGCGAAAGCGAAGCCAGCCGACAGUUCGUAGCCGUGCCCAUCGUAUUCAAGGGCAGCGGCUUUUAUGUGAACGACUACGGCAAGAGCAGCAGCUACAAGAGCACCAAGUCGGACACCAACGGCGCAUCUGCCGACUCCGGUAAGAGUGAGGAGUCCUCAUCUAAACCGGCGGAGAAGGCGAAGAGCAGCACAUCCGGCUCGGACGAGUAG